UCUGCGAGUGAUCUUGCCAUGGCAUCGGUUCUUGGUAACAACACCCGCGCAUCAGGAACACCAAACAGCCACGUGAAAUGCAAGUUCAAACGGAGAAGGAGGCGGAGAUCGAAAAGAAAAGAGCGAGUUGGCAGCAUGCUGUCAGCAUUGAUCGCUCCCUUCAAGUACAUGAGCCCUGGGACUACCAGCACGGUGGACGAGGACAGUUUAAGCACAAGCAGUGCUGAGGUCAAGGAGAACCGUAAUGUGGGCAACCUGGAGGAUCGCGUGAUUGGCUCGUCCGAGCGCCAGUCCUCUCUGUUCCAGCCGGAGCGCCGGGCCUCGCGCGGGGGCACCUCCGGGCUGAAGAGGAAGCGCCCGCUGGAGGAGGAGAACCACGGGCGGCUGUGUCGCGCCCCGCGUCUACCCGUCUACCCGCGGCGGGCGUCGUCGUCGUGCCCGUGGUCGGACGCGCCCAAGAACGCGCUGGUGCAGCUGAACGAGCUGCGGCCCGGCCUGCAGUACCGGCUGGCGUCCCAGACGGGGCCCGUGCACGCGCCGCUCUUCGCCAUCGCCGUGGAGGUGGACGGCCUGAGCUACGAGGGCACCGGCCCCACCAAGAAGAAGGCCAAGAUGCGGGCGGCCGAGCUGGCGCUGCGCUCCUUCGUCCAGUUCCCCAACGCCCCGCAGGCCCACUCCGCCAUGGGCGCCCUGAGCAGCGCCCCCACAGACUUUACCUCUGACCAGACGCCGGACGCUCCCGACCCCCUUUUCCGAGGGUUCGAGCCGUCGUCGGCGACCCCCGGCCUGGCGCUGUGCCGCUCGGCGACGGAGAGCGAGCUGCUGUCGGGCGCGCUGCAGAGGCACGGCCGGCUGCUGCGCCACACGCUGGACCUCAUGGCUCAGGCGCGCCAUCGCUUCGGCCCGUGCCGCUCGCCCGUGGUCUCCGCCGCCGCCGUCGCCGCCGCCGCCGACCCCCAGAAGAGCCCGGUGACGCUGCUCGGGGAGCUGAGGCCAGGCCUGCGCUACGCCUGCCUGGCCGAGCGGACGGAGGCACCCGUGUCGUCGUCCUUCAUCAUGGCGCUGCGCGUGGACGGGCGCGUUUUCGAGGGCUGCGGGCGCAGCAAGAAGCUGGCCAAGAACCAGGCGGCGCGCUGUGCCUUGCAGGCGCUCUUCAACAUCAGGCUGGCACCUGAGGGGAGAGCAGGCAUCCAGCCCAGCAGGAAUAAGUGCCCUCAUUUGCCCCAGGACUUUGCAGACGCAAUAUUCCACUUGGUGAGGGAGAAAUACUGGGAGCUGGCAGGCUGUUCCUCCCUCAUGCAUGCACGUCACAAAGCCCUGGCAGGCAUCGUAAUGACCAGAGGUUUGGACCUCCGACAGGCGCAAGUGGUGGCCUUAUCAACGGGCACUAAAUGCAUCAACGGGGAGUAUAUCAGUGACCAGGGCCUCGUGGUCAACGACUGCCACGCAGAAAUCAUCGUCCGGCGGGCUCUUAUCCGCUUCCUCUACUCUCAGCUGGAGCUGCAUGACAGCCAGAGGAGGGAGGACUGGGAACAGUCAAUCUUUGUGCGGCACAAGCAGGCCGGGUACCGUCUGAGGGAGAACGUCUACUUCCACAUGUACAUCAGCACUUCGCCCUGCGGGGAUGCCAGGAUCAACUCACCUUACGAGAGCAGCAGCGAGCUGCCCGGCGGGCGACCCCUGGUGAAGCGGCUGCACAUGCACCUGCGGACCAAGAUCGAGGCGGGCGAGGGCACGCUGCCGGUGCGGUCGCAGGCGCCCGUGCAGACGUGGGACGGCGUGCUGCAGGGGGAGCGGCUCAUCACCAUGUCCUGCACCGACAAGAUCACCAGGUGGAACGUGUUGGGCCUGCAGGGGGCGCUCCUGAGCCACCUGCUGGAGCCGGUGUACCUGCACAGCCUGACGGUGGGGAGCCUGCGGCACACGGGCCACUUCACCCGCGUGCUGACUCAGAGGCUGGAGCGUCUGGGGGCCCUGCCCACGCCCUACCGCCGCAACCAGCCCCUCCUCAGCGGCCUGAGCAGCAGCGAGAGCCGGCAGCCGGGGAAGUCUCCGUGCUUCAGCGUGAACUGGACGGCGGGGGACGGCCAGCUGGAGGUGCUCAACGCCUCCACGGGGAAGAGGAAGGACUCGGGGACGCCGUCGCGACUCUGCAAGCACGCGCUCUUUACGCGCUGGGCCCGGCUGUGCCGGACGGUGAGUCCAAAACCCCGUGUGUGUCAGGGCGACUCGGCCGAGCUGCUGUACUGCGAGGCCAAGCAGGCGGCCGGACGCUACCAGACUGUGAAGCAGAAGUGGCUCCGCUCGCUGCAGGACACAGGACUGGGCACCUGGGUGAGGAAGCCGCCCGAGCAGGAACACUUCCUGCCCGGCGUGUGA